AUGCAGCUCUCUUCCAGCGUGGCUGAACUCCGCUGCGACGAGGCGAUGGACCCACCCGCUGAGGACUUCCAGCAGGUCCUGUCCAUCGACCAAAUCCGCUCCAUCCGCGCCAGCAACAACUACGUGGAGAGACCGGCCGCCCGCUUCCAGCAAGCCCGCUCCAACCCGUCCCUCUCCCAGCCACCGCACAAGCACGAGUGCUCCGUCUCCCAGAGCACCGCCGCCUCCGACCAGCGCCUGCUCAGCAGCCUCACCCCAUCCCACUCCGGCCAUUCCCUCAUCCGGACGCAACCUCGAGCCGGCGAGCUGAAACUGGAGGAAUCGCCGCUCAAGGGGGUGUCGGAGAAGCCCGCCCUCCAUGCCGGCCACCUCUUCAUCUGCGAGGAGUGUGGGCGAUGCAAAUGCGCCCGCU